UCAGUGUAUCGCGAGAACUGUACCAUGUCAGAGCUCAAAAAAAUUGAAGGAAAAACAUUUUUGAUAACCGGUGGCGCUUCGGGGCUUGGCGCUGGAUAUGCUCAAGCAUUCCUAGAAAAUGGAGCCAAGAGCGUGGCUAUUUUGGACAUAUCUGAAGAUGCCGGUAAAGCAACAGCGAAGAGAUUAAAUAAAAUCUUCCCAAAUAAAGUGUUGUUCUUCAAAUGUGACGUCGGCAAUGAAGAGAGUUUGACACAGGCAUUUAAUGAAGUAGUCGAUAAAUUCAAAACGGUGGAUGUAAUUAUUAACAACGCUGGCGUUAUGAACGACUCGCCCAACAUGUUUAGGAAGUGUUGUGACAUCAAUUACAAAGGUUUAGUGUCGCUAACAUUCAAAGGUCUGGAGCAUAUGCACAAAGAAGAUGGAGGCGUUGGGGGCACCAUAGUGAACAUAUCGUCAACAGCAGCCUUCGGCAGGUUUCCUUAUGUGCCCGCCUACUCAGGUAGUAAGGCAGGGGUGUUACACUUCAGCUCCUGUCUCGCGGUGGAUCCUUUUCACGAAGUUACUGGUGUAAGAAUUAUAAGUAUGUGUAUUGGACCCACCAAAACACCAAUAUUUAACAACAUGGACCAAUUAUCUUAUGACGAAAGGAGCGGAAAAGCAAUGGCCCAACUUCUGUCUUCCCUCAAUUAUCAAAGACCCGAAUCAGCUGUCAGUGGCGUCGUGGAAGCAUUCAAGCAAGGAACCAAUGGCAGCAAUUGGUUUUCAGUCAAUGACAAGCCAGUAAAAGACAUCACCCUAGCCUACAACCAAGCACAAGAUUUUCUAACAAAAGCUUUAAACUCUGAUUUAUAAAGUAUUUCUAUUCAUUUAUUUAUUUUGAUCAUGUAAAUUAAAUAAAUUUUAAUU